CUCCCUUCGAUCCAAUCGCGAGACUCGAACUCAUCCCUCUUCUUCUUCUUCUGCUUCGUCUUCUUCCUCCGGAAAAUGUCGGGAUCGAGCUCCUCAUCGUGGUCGCGCGCUUUGACGCAGAUCUCGCCCUACACCUUCGCAUCCAUCGGAAUCGCCAUUUCCAUCGGCAUCUCCGUCCUCGGAGCCGCGUGGGGGAUUUAUAUAACGGGGAGUAGUUUGAUCGGUGCAGCCAUUAAAGCUCCGCGAAUCACCUCGAAGAAUCUCAUUAGUGUCAUCUUCUGCGAGGCCGUUGCUAUAUAUGGUGUUAUCGUGGCGAUCAUUUUGCAAACAAAGUUGGAAAGUGUGCCGUCGUCACUUAUAUACGCCCCAGAAUCUCUCCGAGCUGGUUAUGCCAUCUUCGCUUCUGGGAUAAUCGUUGGGUUUGCAAAUCUUGUAUGCGGGCUUUGUGUUGGAAUAAUUGGAAGCAGCUGUGCGCUUUCCGAUGCUCAGAACUCUUCCCUUUUUGUAAAGAUUCUGGUGAUUGAGAUCUUCGGCAGCGCGCUUGGGUUAUUUGGCGUGAUCGUGGGCAUAAUUAUGUCUUCUCAAGCAACGUGGCCGGCAAAGGCGGCAUAAGCUCUUGUUCUCUGAUCAGAUCUCUUAUUCUCAAUUUUUUCCUUUCAUGGAAUUCUUGCAUUGUAUGUAUCUUAAACUUUGUUUACGACAACAACUCUGUACGCAGUAUGCGCCUUCUUUUUGCCUGUGUAGUAAUAAUUAGUGGCCUUUUCAGUGUGUUAAUUGCAGAGAAUUCAAUAUCGAUUUUCUGAACGAAGUCAGACAAUGGCUCUGUGCUUCGAGCUUUCGCAUUGGUUUUUUUUUUUUAAAUAUAUAAUUUAGCGUAUUCU